CACCUCUCAGAACUGACAGAAGCUCUGCAGGCAGACUGGGCCACGGAGGAGGACUGAACAUCCAGGGAUGGGACAAGACUAUUGAAAGAAACUAAGAACCAAGAAACAUUUACGAGAGACACAGAAACAACAAAAUAAAAAUGGUCGCAGAGGAGGUAGUGGUGGUCCUGUCAGGAGGUGCACCGUGGGGUUUCCGAUUACAAGGAGGAGCUGAGCACCAGAAACCCCUCCAAGUGGCAAAGGUGAGAAAGCGCAGUAAGGCCUGCCGGGCUGGGCUCAGAGAGACUGAUGAGCUGGUGUCAAUCAAUGAUGUAUCCUGUGGAACACUAUCCCAUGCUGAGGCUAUGAAUCUGAUUGAUAGUGGCAGAGGAACCCUCUAUCUGCGAAUUAAAAGGGCCCCAGCUGCAUAUCAGUCAGUGGUGCUUCUAGGUCGGGCCCCCUCCCCCUCCCCGCGUAUUGAUAAGGAGUACCAGGCAGCCUUGAGAGCCCUGUCGCCUCCACUUACCUCUAAACGGUCCAGUGUCAACAGAGCGUCGCUCAUGUCCCCCACCGGUGGCCUCGAGUGGCUUACAUCCCCUCCAGACAGCGAGGCUUACUACGGCGAGACAGACAGUGAUGCAGAUGUGGCGGCACAAGAGAGGCAGCGUAGACAGAGACGACGAAGCCCCAGUAGCUCUCCUGCCAAGAGUCCUGGCCAAGCCUCACCCCAAGAGGAGGAGACUUCAGAAAUGAGCGGCUAUGAGAGCGCCCAAGACGUCUGCAUGUACCCUCAAACACAGAGCUGGCCUGUAUCUGAUCUAGAGGGAAUGGGGACUCAGCAACAGUGUGCUAUGCCUGGGGUGGCCCGCAGAGAGGUGGUUUACCAGCCCCCGCAGGCUGAAUGGUUGCACCAGGCUGAAAAUUCCUCUGAGAAUUCUGACCAAAGUCCAUCAGGAGCUGCUGAAGUGGACAGUGGCUUCCAGGAGCCCCCCACUGUCCCACCUCCACUUGUUUCUCUAGAGCGGGCAAAAGAGGCUCUCAUGCUUGCGGUCUUGUGGUUAGACAAAAGGUCUUUAAAAGGCCUGACCUCAGGCUACGGACUGGUUGAUUUCGUACCAAAGUGGGCAGAGCACCCAAUUUUUAUCCUGAACAACAUGAGGAGCUUCACAUUGCCUGGAGAGGUUGAACAUGAAGGACACAUCUAUGCAGAGCUACACAGAGGUGAGAAUUUACAAGAUAAGCAGGUGAAGGAGGCCCGAUCCAAAUGCAGAACCAUUGCUUCGCUCUUGACAGAUGCUCCUAACCCUCAUUCUAAAGGUGUGCUUAUGUUCAAGAAGCGACGGCAGCGUGCCAAGAAGUAUACUCUCACCUGCUUUGGCAGUGUAGACGGAGAAAGCUAUAGUAACACAGAGGGAGAAACUGAGGACGAAAGCCUGUUUCCUGGGAGUGAAUCUGAGCUUGACGAGGACGGUUUUUCUGCUGCACCAGACCCUAUCUGGGAUAGUGGUUACCUGGACGUUCUAGACAAGAGAACUUCAGCGUGUGUUAUGCCUGGCAGAGAUGCAAAGAUUAGCCCAGGCCUAAAUGCCACUUCAGGAAAAGGAGCCCAGCUUUUUGAACAACAGAGGAAAAGAGCAGAAGAACAUACGUCAAACCUGGUUACGCCCACGGCUUUUUCCAUGCCACAGCAUCAGGGAGACUCAACCCUGACAUAUACCCCAGUUACUCCAGUCACACCCGUAACAUCUCAUAGUACCAGUAUGGUAAACGGGGAACCUUUGGUAGUGAGCAGGACAAGCGUUGUGUUGUCCUCGCCAGGUCAGACGCCUAUGCUAUCCAUGGCAGGAGCAUUACCAGAGCAAGUAGACUCAUCAGCUGCCAGCUCAGUGCACAACAGAACUGCCAGGCCAUUUGCCCCUGGCUGUGUGAGCCACCGAGCAGCAACUGCUCCAGUAGUCUUCAGGCCCAGCCCUGCCAAAAAGGCUGGAUCACAGGUUCAGGCUGUGUCUGUGGCAAAUAUCCCAGUUUCUUUCUCUCCUGCUGGCUCGGAGGGGAAGAAAGCUAUUUCUACAACAUCACUGUAUAUCCCUGCUAGACCAGCCACCUACAAUGGUCCUUCCUCUGUGCUCUCUCCAUCCUCAAUCACUUCAGGUCCAUCUUCUCCUCCCCCUUCAAAUGCUCCACUCUACUCCCCAACCUAUUCCAGCACCUCAGCCCCUUUUUCUCCAACAUCUUCUUAUGUAACACCUUUCAGUUCCCCUUCUGGUAUGGCUCAAACUUACUAUCCUCCCCAAACACAGGCAAUGCCGCUCAGUCCUCCAUACCAUCAUGCGGUUUCUGCUCAAUAUCAGCCACCUCCACCAGUUCAUAUGCCGACACAUCCUUUCUCUCCCCCGCUCACAAAUGCCCCAGGUUUUCCCAAUGCCCCUGCACCCGCCCAUGCCUUUGCUCCUGCAACACCAAAUGUGCAAUCCUCCCCAGCACACAAAGUCUCCUUCAACCCAUACAUCUCUGUGGCAUCCACUACUCCAGAAACACCAAAUGCACCAGUUGCCCAGCAGUAUUCUCUCUCUAACUCCACUGAUGGGAUCUCUUCUCAAGAGCAGCGGGUCUCAGUCCCUGCCGGCCGCACUGGCAUCCUGCAGGAGGCUCAUCGUCGUGGAUCCAAGAAACCAAUGUUCACUGCUAAAGAGGAUAAGAAGGCUCCAUCUUACAACCCUGAGCUACUGUCUCUUGUGCAGAACUUGGAUGACAGGUCCCAUUCGGGUGCAGAGGCUGGGUUUGAGUCUGGCCCUGAAGAAGAUUUUCUCAACCUGGGUGCAGAGGCUUGCAACUUCAUGCAGGCACAGAGAUACAAGAUGCCACCACCAGUGGCUCCUAAACCAGCUCCUGAGAUGCCCCAGAUGCAAGGUAAAGGUGCGGAGCUGUUUGCACGCAGACAGAGUCGCAUGGACCGCUACGUGGUGGAUAAACAGCCCAAAUCUCCAGCGCAUCCUCGUGAUCCUUCUCCUACACCCUCCCUCCCAGCUCAUUGGAAAUACUCUCCAAACAUCCGAGCCCCACCACCCAUUAAUUAUAAUCCACUGCUGUCACCUUCGUGUCCUCCAGUGGCCCAGCGUGGCACCAAAACUAAUGAUGCAGCUAAAGUUGGGGUUAAAACAGUGCCUGGCCAACACAAACAAGGUAUAAAGGCUCUUGACUUUGUGAGCAGGCAGCCAUACCAGCUCAACUCAUCUUUGUUCAGUUAUGGAGGUGGAGUCCCUCAAAACACUGCCACUUAUCAGCAGCAGCAGAAUGGUGUUGGCAUGACAGGUAAUUCCCUUAAUGCACCGAAGCAGGUCCCUGUUAAAGCAAGCCGCGUGUAUGAAAUCAAACGUUUCUCAACACCUACUCCCAUGUCUGCACCCACAUCUCUGACACCUACUGUAAUCGCCCCCCGUUCUGCCACGACUCUCGGUGAGCCGAUGUGGCACAGUAAUGUCACUUCCCCGCCUCCUGUUGCUCCGAGAUCUGCAGCACCAUUCUCGCCACCACCUCCUGCCCCGACAGCAGCCCUGCCUGCUCUCCCCAAAAUAUCCACUGCCCCUGUGCCCAAUUCAGUGCACAUCCCACAACCCACUCCUGGGCAGGCCUAUACCCCAUUCCAAGCAGCCAAGCAGUUUAAGAGCGCCCCUGAGCUGAGUCCCCUGUCUGCUGGUGUGCAAUCCUCAGGGUCUGGGAGUAGCCAGAACCUACGGGUGCCCAGACCCCGCUUCAGUACAUCAAGCAUGGGUCUGCAACCAAAUGUGUGGAGGCCUGGCUCCAUACAUUACUGAGAGUCCACUGACAGUAAUUACCACCCUGGGCAAGAGCACAAGAGCGCUCGAACUCUCUUCUGCUAAAUGAAUUGUUAGUCUACAGUAAUAUGACAAAAAACAUCAGUCAAAGAUGUAUUUUUUUGCAUGUUCAUAAUUUUCAGUCACUUCAUACAAGUACACAAAUAUUUUAAAAUAGAGUAUGCAUAUAUCUGUAUAUGUAUUAUUCAGUUUCAUCAGAAUGUUGAGAUAUUUAUGUACUAUCCACACAACUUUGAUUCAUGUUUCUACUUCAGUUCUCAUCCCAUUUAUUUUACACCAAAUGAACAUGUUUAACCCACAGACAGAAUUGCAAAGUCACUACUUGUGAGAGCAACUAAAUCAAAUAAUGGCAUUCAUGUCUAAUAAUAAUCAGUUUUGACAUUAUGUACUGGGGCCACAAGGAAGAUAAGUGAUAAUAAUCGAUUGUGUUGCUAUUUUUUCACUUGGGGCCAUAAGGAUGGAGUGAUAAAGGGUAAGUAAACUAUAUAUAUAUAUAUAUAUUACAGCUGUGACAGAAGAUAAUGGAGCACAGAAUCAUUGAAUAUUUGUGUAAAAGUGGUAUAGAAUGUUCUAAGACAUGUAUUUGCCGAGUUCUAUCAAAGUCUCAGUGACAGAGAGAUGAAAGAAGUGUACAAAGAAUGUGACAGUGGCCUGAAAUGAAAAAAAUCCUCAAGUGGAGAGAUGGUACAAACCACCCCCUUGCUCUACUCUUGCUCUUCAAUUGUUAUCUAUUCUGGCCUCUGCCAUGCCCUUUACUUGUGAUGUUAUCCAUCCUUUAUCUCUCUAAACAUCUCUUGAGUUUGGACUGCAGGCCUGUGUUUGUCUAGAGCAUUGCACAAAAGCCUUUGCUUCUUGUUUGACGAGGAUCAGUAUGGAUGCUUGAUGCAUGUGCUCAUUUUAUCCUCCUAAUGCUGCGCAUGCCAAGGUUUUGAUUGAGCAUUUAGAAAGGCAUGUGAACUCCACUGCGGGGAAUUGUGCUGGGGCUUUUUCAUAUGACAGCUGAAAAAAUACACUAGAUGACAAAUUCUGAAAGCGCUGCUUUAUCUUUAUGACAUAUUAUGCAAAUGUGACAUCUGACCACUUUCCCUGGUGCUUGCUCUCAUUGUGAAUGAUGCUUUUGCCAAACAGGUAUGACAUUCAUUUCAAUAACUUGUGUGAGCUGUUCAACUGCAUUUGUGAAAUUGUACAUGCCUAGUUGAACUACCCAAUGGCCUUGGUGGGAUGAAACAACCUGAAAUGGUGCGUACCAUUUCUCUACUAAGGAUAAGAAGGUUGAUCGGAUGUAAAGCUAUAAUGUACCUUGUUGUCAAGUAGAAAGUGGGAGGUAUGGAUAUGGGAGGUAUGAAGCAAGAUAUAAAACUGAUAUAAAAUUUAAAAGCAAGAAUAGAGAGGAAAGUGCCUUUUUCACUUUUUUUGGGGCAAUUAGAUAGUGUUAUACACUAAAAUAUACAUUUUCAUAAGUGUGUACUAAUCGGACUGUCAGAAUGUAUGUCAUGCUUCUACAAAGCAUUUUUAAAGCUUUAAUUCUUUAUUAAAUGUGUUGUGUUUGCGUUAAAUAUUCUGAAAACAUUGUAAUUAUAUUCAAACAAUCACACUUACUGCUUUGGGUUAUUUGAAGUUUAAAGUGGAAAUAUAUUUACAAUGCAAAUAUUUGAAUGUGAGAAAAUGGAAAGUAAUGGAUUACUGGAUUCUUGGGUUCAGGGACUGGGAAUAUGUAUACGAAUUUGUACGGUAUGAGUUAAUGUAGAGCAAUUAAAAUAAAUGUAGAAAUGACCGCU